GUGCGCCACUGAACGCCAGCGGACCACAGUCUUCAAGCACAGCCUGCGCGCUGCAGUGCCAUGAGACACCUUCUGGUCUGAACUCCGUGCACACGCCGACCACGCUGCGCUGCAAGAGGAGGUUUCUGAACUUUUCUUGGAGGGUUUUGCAUUUGAUAGGAACAAAGUGGAUAAAACGUCCGGGUAGAAGCUGCUCCAGCGUAUUCCUGCGGACUUUGGGUUUCUUUGCCAAGAGAAAACUCCAAGUGAACUGAAAUGCGUCACUACAAAACCAUGUGAGGAGGUUUGAGAAACCAGGAAGUAGUGUGAGAUUUGCAAGCCUUUCAUCGCCAUGAUACAAUACUUCCUGCUCUUUGUCCUGUCUUCUGGGCUGGUGUUAUCAUCUGACUGCCCAGCAAGCUGUGACUGCCCAAUGCAGGGGUCUAUAUUCUGCAUUAAUCUUCCUGCCCCCAUUGUGCCUCGUGUCCCAACAACGACACAAAAUCUCUACAUCUUCCAAAAUGCCAUCAUUACUUUGGCUCAAGAAGACUUCAAAGGUCUAAUGGAGUUGGAGCUUUUAGAUCUGAGCCAGAAUGAGCUUACAGAGAUUCCAGAUGGUGUAUUUGAGAUGUUGUCAAAACUGAAGAACUUAGACUUGUCCACUAACCAGAUUACCCAUAUAUCCAAAGGCAGUUUUUCUGGCUUGGUACAGCUGGAGAGGCUGUAUCUUCAUUCAAAUCGCAUACAGAGCAUUCAUUUGGAAGCUUUUGAAGGUUUAGAAAAGUUGCUAGAACUAAAACUGCAAGGGAAUCAGCUAACCUCGCUCCCAUCACUUCAGUUCCCCAGUCUUCUCCUUUUAGACCUCAGCAACAACAAUAUUCCAACUUUGAGUCCCUCAGACCUACAGACUCCCCACCUGGAGACACUUAAGGUGGCCUCUCUAAAGCUUACUACUUUACAUGAGGAUCUCGUAGCCUCCCUGAAGAAUCUUCAUGAGCUAGACAUUUCAUCAAACCAGUUAGCUGAGGUGCCCAGGGCCCUAAAACAUGAUUUCCUAAAAGGGCUGACCAAGCUGAGCUUGGCUGGCAACCCAUUGGGGGAUCUGAGGGUGGAGGACUUUGAUAAAUUAUCUGGGCUUCAAGAACUGGAUCUCAGUAGUCUAAAUCUCCAGGGAUUCCCACCACAUUUUUUUCACACUUUCCCCAAGUUGAGAACCCUGACAGCAGCUAAGAAUCCAUUUGACUGUUUGUGCCCAUUAGCCUGGUUCCCUGUCUGGCUAAAAGAGAAGAAAGUGAUUCUUGAGAGACAUGAAGAGACCAGAUGCCACUUUCCUCUAGUUAAUGCUGGGAAGAUGCUUUCAGAACUGGAUCACAAAGAUUUUGGAUGUCCAUCAACCACAACAUUGCAAAUGGGCUCUCCCAUUGGAAGUACUUCUGUUCCACAGUUGCCAUACACAUCUCCAAGAACAACCCAUACCAAUGCUAUUCCUCCUCCUCCACCACCUAGUGAAGAAACUAUCUCUCCAAAAACAGAACCUCCAGUCUUCCCAAGCUCCACCAGUGGGCAAUAUGAGCACUUUUGUCCACCAAACAUCUGCCUUAAUGGUGGCACUUGUUAUUUUGACCCAGUGGGAGAACUCGGCUGUUUGUGUCUGUCAGGGACAUUUGGCCUCUACUGUGAAAAUAUGGAUGAUGUUCCUCAACCACCAGCAACUGAAGAUUCUAUAGUUACCACCGAGAUGCCUGAUAAACUUGAUGCCAUCAGUUCACGUCAGGUGACCUCCACAUCAAUCCUUCUUGACUUGCAUCGGUUUAUCAAGUCACAGCCGCAUAUUCGUGGCAUCAAGUUGACCUACCGUAACCUCUCAGGGCCUGAUCGCCGAUCCAUUACACUGAAUGUUCCACCCAACUAUCCUGAAUACACUUUACGUGGUCUGAGACCAAACUGUACCUAUUCAGUCUGUGCUAGUCCUUUGGGAGAGAAAAUCAGCUCUCGGGCCAACAACUCUGCUGAAAUGGGGUCAUGUACAGAGGCUCGUACCGAAGGGAUUCCAGUGACAUCCUCAGAGCCCUGGGUGGAGACACAGCCAUCUAUGACAUAUACUCUCAUACCUGCUUUAGCUGCUCUUGCACUGGUGCUGGGAUUUGCUGUGGUGGCUGGGACAAUCAUCUGUCUAAGGAAAAGGAAGCAGGCCAAUUCUGGAUUGGAGCCUGAACUGGGCCCCACUGAUCCUGAUCCCAUGGAACUGGAGGGGAAACCUUGUCUGGAGAAUGGAGGAAACGGUACAACACCCCUCAAACAGCCGGAGAUCGAUCAUUGUUUUACUCCUCAGCCACUUCCAUACAUGCAACAAAACGGGGGGUUGGACUAUGUAGCACUCUUAGUGCAAGGCCACUGCCCUUCAAAUAACAAUGUUACGUCACUAAAACCAUCUUAUUUCUAACUGUUGGGAAGAUUUUGUAAAGACUCCCCUUCCAUAGUUUCUGAUCCUGAUAUCGCUCACUUAGUGAUUGAAAUCGAAUUUUCAGUCCAAACAUCCAAAAUUCAAAAAGUGGCACUUACUAUCCUUUCAAGGUCAAAAGGUGGCACAACAAAGUGGAUGAUUUAUUUCAGAGUCAGUGAAUGGUAAAAUUACGAUGACAUCAUAUUGGAAAUUUGCAAAAUGAAUGGGAAGUGGUUUAAAAGUCAUCAAGCAGGAUUAGAUGGUGGUGAAACCUAACUGAGUGCAAUUUACUAGAAAGGUCUUAGCGAACUGAAAACGGAAGUGCCUUUUGCAUUGACGCAGCUGUAACUGACAGUUCUUUUUUAAAAUGUUUUUGUUUAUAAAACAGAAACAAUGUGACUGAGUUGUAAUCCUGUUGCUGGAUUUAGGAGAUAUGGUAUGGGGAAAGUGCCUGAGUGUUUGAGCUACAGAACUGGAUCACGUCACUGGUGUAUAUGAAAACACCUGGACCACACGUCCCAAUACAAACUGGAGUUUCAACCAACUCUGACCGCACCAUAAGGAUUAUAAAAAGAUCUUGCACUGAAAAAAACAUUUGGAUUUUCCUUUCAAAUGUUCCACUUAUAGACUGUCACAAGGUUAAUGCUCAAAAGGAAGUGGAAUUAAUAAAAAUAUUUUGAAAAUCAGCAUUAAGCUGAAGACCAUAUGAGCUGUGUGAACUCUAUAUUAUGUUGUGGACAGUAUCUGAAACAAAAACAUGCAAGUGUCUUGUGCAGAUUUGGAUUCUUCUGACCCAUCAACCAUAAUUCUGCCACAUCAUUUGUUUUUUGUGGGAAAUAUAUUUGCUGUGAAAGGUAAAUGGGAACGGACUUUGCCUGCAUUGUUCUGUGCCAUCAGAGGCAGAUUAUUAGUGUUUAGUUGAUAUUAUGGUAUUCCAUUUUUGUCAUGUAUUUUUGUAUUUUUAGCAUGUCUUUUGUUUUUUUUGUUUUUUUUUGCAGUAUUGCUAACAUGAGUUUAAACAGUAAUUGUCCCUGCCUAUAAACCCAUGCAUAAAUGGUGGAUUUUUGACUGUCCUGAGUGGAGAAGUAAAUGGAGAAGUAAAUCAAAGCUAAAGUUCUCCAAAGAUGAGAUCCAAAAGCAGCGAGGAGUAAUUAAAUAUCUACUAAAAGCUGAUUCAUAAAACUACUUUAAUUAAAACUCAGCCAUUCUUACAUAAAAUACAGACUGCUUUUUGUUUUUUCCAAAAUUUAAACUGAAUGUAAAAGUUCAGUGUCAGAUACUUUAGUCUCUCUGCCAGGUCUGCCUCCACUCCACAAAGACAUAGUUAAACAAGGUUCAGACUGUUUUUGAACAGUAAAGAUCCCUAAACUGUUCAAAGGCCUUCAGCCUCAGAGCUCACUCCUAUAAAGCAGCACACACGUGCCAAGAAAGGAAGUUCAAAGAUUUAGAGUUUUAGGCACUAGUUUUCUCCUGGGGCUGCUGACUGUAUCGUUCCAGUGAUAUCGUCUAGACAGUGGCCCCUUUAGCUUUUUGUUUGCUAUUACCCUCUUACUUGUCUGCCACUUGACUUUAAUCAUCAUCAUUGUGUGUUUUUGAUCAGUGACUAUUAUUGGUUUGUGUAGUUUUGCUUGUUUACUGCCAACCAGACUGUGAAAUGUAAAUGCUAAAAGCAAUGAAAUGUAUCUGUUUUAUUUUUUUUUCUCCUGUCUGGGGUAGAGAUUAAAUAAUUUUUUGCAGUUUUUUAUAUCUUCUUCCUUAAAAAAAAAGGAUUCAUACUCUAUCACUGAGUAUAAUAGGUUUACAGAGAAAUGCCUAAGCAACAUUGCUCCCGAGCCUUACCGACAUCUUUUAGUGUCAUAUUACAUGCUGAUGUGGAUUUCGAGAACAAUAGAGCCUUUAUUUUGUCUCACAACAUAUGGCAUUGCAUCAAAUUACAAACUAAAAAUGAAGCACCAUGCAAUCAAUUUUUGUGAGGAUUUUGACAAAAAAAAGGCCUUAUUUGAUUCUUAGUUAUCUAACAGCAGUAACUUACAUGAGUUUGAUUGUUCAGAUGUGUAUGUGUGUGUGUUUUCACGGCUGUUUUUGUGUCCCCUUUUUUAUGCUUCCAACCCCAUAUUGUCCUUAUAUAAUACUCCCAAAGUGUCCAAAAUCAAGCACCCAUUUUCAGUUUUCACUGUUUUAUUUUGUCAAUUCUCCAGUCCAAACAAAGCCACAGAUGUUCAUGUUUUCCCCUUAUCCCAACAUAUCAGCUGAAACACUCGCUGUGUUGCUUUGGACAGUCGUAGGAGAAGGAAAUGUUUGAAAUAUUUUCAACAUGCUUGUUACACUACUUUCCCUGUUUAUUUAGGGAAACUUGUAUUUUUGUCAUUGUUGUAUGUUUUUCUUCUGUCUGUCAAUAGCAUUUCUGUGUACAUUUUUUUUUGCCAUAAAAGCAAUGCUGAGAAAACGAACAGUAUUAAAAU